UGUCAAACAUCUACUUCUUAUGUUUCCUUUCUCACCUUUUCACAACUGUCUGUCCAGGCAAACUGCUCCGACAUUCGUCACGCGACCCUACCAGAUGUCAGUAUCAAGUCACCGCAUCUAUUCAUACUCAGGUCAGGCUAGAUGGGUGACCUGUCGCUACUUGAGGCUUACCGAGACAAACGUGUGGCCAAGCGGCCAAGGCAGAUAAGGCCAGGUACCGUGCAAGUGCACCACGACAUGGAAUUGCGUACCCGCUGAUAGAGAUUUGGGCGGCACUUCUAAGCCGAGGUGCAGGCAAAGGGGCCCUGCAAUGACUGGCUACUAGCGCCUUUGCGUGCUCAGGUAUCACUGCAGCUGUGAGUAACCCGGUCACCUGGACACGUGGAGGACUUGUUUUCAGGGAUCAUUGAUCAGUCAACAACCAACGUCAGUCGAUAAGUCGGUCCAGGUUAGCUCUCAGUUCAAAGACUACCACAACGUGCUCGCAAGCCGAAUAAAAAGCUUGAUUUACUAAUUGAGGAAGGGCAACUUUGUUCAGCUCAUCAGUAUUUUAUCCUGUCAUAUAUACUAAGUUUUAUCAUCCAUCAAAGAAAAUAUUUAUUAUUUAAAUCUCGGUUGCUCAAACACAAGAAAUGACUAUUACCGUGGGCCGAUUUAUGAUUCUCCACUAGCAAAUGUGGUUCACUUCCUCGCUGUUGGUCAGCACUACUUGAUAGAGCGUAUGAUGUCAAAGGAUUCAUGGUGAUAAAAAGACGAAUGAGUACGCAAAAGUUCGAGAGCAACAGCAGCCCUCAGGCUGCCUGGGACUAUGCUGUACGGAAGGAGAGAGACAUCUUACUAUGGAGACGGAUUUACCUCGUUCAUUCACCUGAGGUGCCAAGUACUGGCUCAGUUCACUUCAUCAGCAACCUAACUCAGUCCAGCCAUCCUCAUUUACUUCAUUUCAUUAACUUAAUUUCACAUCACUUCACCUCCCAUCCGCUCUCUCUCGCAAAAUAAGUUAUUUGAAUAAAACAUUUUAAAUGUAUUAUUCGGGUUUGAAGCUAUUGGUUUAUCCCUGAAAAUCAGCUCUGAUCAAAGCAAGGCACAGGUCUUGCCUCUUCGCAGCGGACAAGCUGCUCCAACACAUCUCCAUCUUGCACCAAAGAGUUGAUCGACAUGAGUGGCUCCACAACGCCUCGUUUCGGCUACGAUGUCCUCUCCGUAUUCGACGUUCCUUCAAACGCCCGAGAUUUCCUCGCCGACGUCAUCGAGUCCAGUCGAGCACCAGAAGAGACCGAAGAGCUUUUCCAAGAGAGCCUGCUAGCACGCGCUGCAGAUUGGCAUUAUCUGAUCGAAUGUGCUAAGUCCAUGCGAAGAGCUCGCCCAGAAGAUAGAAACAGCUUGCAAGCGCAAGACGUCCUUGCAGACGUAUGGUACGCACUGAGCGGGCAGGAUCCUCCACCUGGUGAGGAGCCAUGGGAAUUAACCGACAGGCUUAUUGCUCGGACUAAACAGCUCGACGUUGACCCCAAAAUCCGACCACCACAUAUCACCGAGCAAAUCGAAAAUCACCGACAACAGUGGCUUGGAUCAAAGGUUUUCCCAAAGACAACGACAUGUCUCACAACAUCCCCUUAUUGGUCUGACCAGCCUCAUGGGAGGCGCCCAGAAGGGAGUAACAACCUUGCGAAAUGGAAAGAUCGAGCAUGCCUCCCUCUAGCUUCCUCACAAGCUCGCGUCUCUGCAAUACUACAUUCACAAACACCCGACAAUGAGACUUAUCAAACUCUGAGUGUUGAUAAGCCUGCUGGUGGGCAGGGUUCCCCGCAAGAAGUCGCUCUGUGCGACAUGACCCUGAUUCUCAAGCCUCAAAGUUCAAUUUCACCAUACUUUGUAGCCACUUCAGCAUCGGACGAGGCUGGCCAAGCCAUUGCACUGGCGCGAAAGCGACCAUUGCGGGGAACUGUUCCUUCAGUCCCCUUCGCGCCUCUCACAUCGCAGGAGUUUGGUCUUAUCCAAGAAAAGUUUGCCCACGAACCAUUCUGGCUCCUCACUGUGGUGACGUUCCUGAUCCGGACUAAGGGCACGCAAGCAAUCCCUACAUUUUAUAAGGUAAAAGAACGAUUUCCUACGCCAACACACAUUGCAAGUGAAGGAAACACCGAACCGCUCGUCGAGAUGAUACGCCAUCUUGGCCUUGCGGAGCACCGUGUAAGUUUGAUGAAGAAGUAUGCUCGGGGCUUCUUGGACCAGCCUCCAGUUGCUGGCAUCUAUCACAGGGUGAAGAAGUAUGACCAUAGGGACAUUGACCCACUGAGCCUCUAUCAACAUAAAGGAAGUAGUGCACUGUUGGUGGACAAAGACUCAUAUGGGCAAGAUCUUUUAGAGGCCUGGGAGAUUGGACACCUUACACAAGGCAAGUAUGCUCUAGACAGCUGGCGCAUCUUCUGUCGGGAUGAGCUACUUGGGCGAGCGACGGGCUGGAACGGCGAGGACAGAGAUCCUAAACUUCAGCCUGAAUGGAUGAGGGUUCGUCCAGAUGAUAAAGAAUUAAGGGCAUAUUUGAGAUGGAUGUGGAUGAAGGAGGGCUGGGAAUGGAACCCAGACACAGGUGAGCGUACAGUGCUGUGCGAAGAGUUGCGAAAUGCUGUCAAUGAAGGGAGAGUUGUGUAUGAUGAGAAGGGUGGGUUGAAGAUUCACAAUCUGGCCUAUUCAGCAAACGCCUUGACAUUAGGGGAGGAAGAAUUGAUGGCUGAGAGCUAAAGGAAAGUCAUUGUUGACUGAUCAACCUUGUCCUGCUGCGUUGGUUACUCGUACGAGUAUAUACUUCGUAGGUAGCUGUUGAGUAAACACUAAAGUAAAGGCUAAACAGAUUCAAAGACAAAAAGUCCAUCCACCUACCACAGAUUAUACCUAGGUACCCGUA